AAUAUGGAUGAGUUGUCUCAAUCUCCUUUAUGGAGAGCGCGUCCCGCGCGUGGUAAAAUUCCCUUUCCUACCGACCGAGACAAAUGCUUCUCUUACAAUCGACCUCCGAUCUCAUCUGCUGAUUUUCACCCUAACGCCGGCCCCUCUUUUUAUCUCUCUCUGGUUCUCGUUUUGUCGUUUGAUCCGUCGCCAUGAAUAUCGCAAAACAAAGAUCUGUUUCUGUUUCAAAUCCUUUAUUCUUUUUGUAUGUUUGGUUCGUACUCUUACUGUCGCUUACAGUGAAUCUGAGUAAUGCGUCCAUCCAUUUCUAUGAUAAGGAGGUUUUCGUUGAUGUCGGUAAUGCUUUCCUUCUCUCCGGCGGCAGUGAAGGUCUUCAGGCUUCUCUCUCGGCCGAUUCCGAUACGCCUUCUAUCCGCAAUGGCCAAUCUUCUAUCCAAUUUUAUAAUAUCACCUUUUGGAGGAGCAAGGCUGCUGCUGACCUACAUACAGACAUGGAGCAUAGCACAGGGUUGAUACAGGUUAUCAUCUUUGAGGCUGCGGACCGUGAUAACAUUGGUGGUUCUGCAUAUGGUGGACAGAGAGCUAUAUGUUGCACUCCAGAUCUAGCUAAGCUUGAAGGAUGUAAACAAGGAGAAGUCAUUAGAAGACCUUCUGCAUCGGAUAUUAAUUGGCCUGUUGUUUUAAAUGUACAAUUCAGUGGCAAUUAUUUGUACACUGUUAUGGAUGAUGUGGAAGUUCCCAUUACAAAAACAGGAAUGUAUAGCUUGUUCUUUGUAACAUGCGAUCCAAACCUCAAAGGAUUAGUGAUGAGUGGGAGGACAAAGUGGAAAAAUCCCUAUGGUUAUUUACCCGGACGGAUGUUCUCUUUAAUGAGAUUUUAUGUAUUCAUGUCACUCGCAUAUUUAUUGCUUACUGUCGUUUGGUUAUCUCAGUAUGUGAGGUUCUGGAGGGAUAUUCUGCAACUUCAGCAUUGCAUCACAGUCGUAAUUGCUCUUGGAUUAUUUGAGAUGGUUCUUUGGUACUUUGAAUAUGUAAACUUCAAUGAUACAGGCAUUAGGCCAGUUGUAAUCACAACAUGGGUGGUGACUGUUGGUGCUAUAAGAAAAACAGUUACGCGGCUUCUUAUACUGUCAAUUUCCAUGGGUUAUGGUGUUGUGCGGCCUACUCUUGGUGGUCUUACCUCAAAAGUUCUUCUUCUAGGGGUAACUUACUUCUUGGCAUCUGAGUUAUUGGAUAUUACAGAGUAUGUUGGGACUAUAAAUGAUGUUUCUGGAAGAGCAAGACUGUUCCUAGUCCUCCCUGAUGCAUUCCUAGAUGCCUUUUUAAUAUUAUGGAUAUUUACUUCCCUUUCAAGGACGCUAGAGCAAUUACAGAUGAAGAGGAGCUCUGUUAAGUUGGAAAUAUAUAGGAAGUUCUCAAAUGCAUUGGUAGCCACUGUUAUUGCUUCUGUUGCUUGGAUAGUGUAUGAGGUCUACUUCAAGGCGACAGAUCCCUUCAAUGAAAGGUGGCAGAGUGCUUGGAUCAUAACUGCGUUUUGGAACAUCCUUGCAUUUUCUUUGCUGUGCGUUAUCUGCUAUCUCUGGGCACCAUCACAGAGUUCUCAACGGUAUGCUUACUCUGACGAAAUUGGAGCUCAAUCCGAUGACGAAGAGGCUCAAUCCCUAAACCGAGCAAAGCCAGAGAGUGAACUGAGUCUAGUGAAGCAAGAUCGGAUCGAGAAGGACGUUGGAAACUCCGUCGAGUUUGAUGAAGAUGACAGGGAAGAGGAUAAAAGAGAAUGAUGGGUCACCUUUCAUUCAGCCUUUUUGUUAAGAUCUGCAGAAAGUCCAGUUCCAUGGGGGGAGUCCUCGCCGAGAUCACCCAAAUACUUAACCAAAGCGUCAUCUUGAAAGUGAGGACCAUGCAACAUGGCACCACCACAAAGGAGUGUGUGUGUGUGUGUGUGUGUGUGUAUAUUGUGAUGAAAUGUAAUGCAAGGCUAAACCAGAGGAGUUUUCUGCUAUUCUUUUUCACGCCCAUUAUCUUCAUUUAUUUUGUAAAGCAGUGUCUGCAUAUAUGUUGGUUGAAUUCUUGAGAACCUUGAUACUGGGAAUCGUUCUUUUUCUUUUAGCUCCUAGCUUUAAAGAAAUAUUGGAAUCUUUGCUGCC